AUGUCGACAUCGGCAAGUUUUAAGGUUGCCGCAGUACAAGCUGCUCCGGUCGCAUUCGAUCUCCCUGCGUCGUUACAAAAAGUCAGACACUUCACAAAGGCCGCUGCGCAGGAAUGCGCUGAUCUCGUUGUCUUUCCAGAGGGGUUCCUCAGCGCAUAUCCGUGGCGUUACGCCUUCGAUGCCACGAUAGGAGCACGAGAGCCUCGAGGCCGCCAAUGGUUUUCAAAAUACUAUAAUUCGGCAAUGGCGAUUCCUUCCGCCGAAUUUGAGGAGCUCCGGACGAUUGCAAGAGACUACAACGUGUUCCUGUCACUAGGGAUAAUCGAGAAAGAACGAGGAACCCUGUAUUGCACAGCAAUACUCCUCUCGAGGACUGGCGACUUGCUGUACGCCCAUCGAAAACUCAUCCCCACAGCGGCCGAACGACUCGUGUGGGGAAGAGGAGCAGGAGAUGGACUUCAGGUUGUGGAUACGGAGAUUGGCCGUGUAGGCGGACUCAUCUGCUGGGAGAACUAUAUGCCUGCUGCGAGACUGUCUUUAUAUCAACAAGGGAUCGAGGUCUACAUCGCACCGAACGCGGAUGACUUGCCUGCAUGGGUGGCAUCGAUGCAACACAUCGCCAAAGAAGGACGUUGUUUUGUUAUUUCAUGCAACCAGUUCUGCAAGGUGGCCGAUUUUCCGUCUGACUAUCCACCCUUCUCACCUGGACAUCAUGACCGACAACGAGAUGGCUCUCCUUGGACCCCCGACGCCAUUCUCAGCCACGGCGGCUCUUGUAUCGUCGGACCAUUGGGCACAUUUAUUGCCGAACCCGUCUGGGAUCGGGAAGAGAUCAUCUAUGGGCAACUACGGAUGGACGAUCUCAUACAGGCCAGAAUGGACUUCGAUCCGGUCGGAAGCUAUGCGAGGCCCGAUAUUUUCACGCUAACCGUCAAUAGAAGGCCUGGAGACCAUGUCGUUUUCAAAUGCCGCUACGUCAAAAGCAAUCGUGGCGGGCCUCGGGUGUCGCGCAAAAAAGCCAUUGUGGCAGUAGAAAGGCAACGGCGGGCCGACGAAGCAGCAUUUCAGACCCAAGAAAUUGCCCCAGACAUUAAUAUUGAUUGGGAUGCACUGAUCCUGUCGUCUGAAGAGAUCCACAACGACCUCAUUGCUACUAUGAUCGCCCCCGGAGCUGGGUUGAUCGAUGUCGAUGAUGAGGAUGACUGCGAUCAAAUCUUUGACAAUAUUUUCAUGCCGCCCUCCGAAGGCGACGACACAAUCAAUGCCUUGGACGACGAUCCGCAGGGAAAACCCUACACGCCAAUCACUCGGAGCUAUCAAGACAGCGAAGCCAUUCUCAAUGCCUACUACAUCUUCAUCCAUCCAUACUUCCCAAUCCUGCCGCCGCCGGUGACGACAUUGCAAGUUGAUGACCCGGCGAGCGAAUCGAAAUUCUUCGAGCCAGCAUCUCCUCUGGUAAUGGCAUUGAUGGCGAUUCUUGUUCUGAUCCCCCAUCCUGAAGACGAGUACCCGGACAGCGAUGAGUCCGUAUGUCUCAGAAGGCAGCGAGCGCACUCAUUCUCCCAGAUGGCCAUGGAGAGCAUCGAGAUUGAGACCGAGCUGCUCGAAUCUAUCACAAACCCGUCUGAAGCUUUGGAUCAUCGUCGACCAUCAGUCGAUCGCGAAAAGCUCCAUCCAUGUGUGCCAGUGGAGCUGGAAGGUGUUCUGGCACACUUAUUGCUGAGUAUCUAUGAAUAUGCUCAACGGGGGAAUCUGGCGAAAAUGAGAAAUCGAGCCAGCCAAGCAUAUGAUGCUGCUAUCAGACUCUGCCUGCACGACAUCUCUGAUCUUUCAUUGGACGAAUACACAGAAGCGCGUCGGCGCGCCUGGUGGAUGACGUAUAUCGUCGUCCUGCAGGCCUCCAUUGUCAGCAGCACGCCUCCAAUCAUCUCGAUUGAUUUUCAUCAGUUCAAGACUCCUUUGCCAACAGUGCCAGCGGACCCUGACGCGUGGCCGUUCUUCAUCGAAGCCCAGCAGUGCAUCCUCAGGUGUACCCAGUACACUGUAGCGCUGAAGAAGGCCCUCGAAGCCGGUCUGGGGGACAGUACGCUGGAUCAAAGAAAAGCCAUACUUGAGAGUGGAAUGGAUUCAGUCCAUUUUAGAUAUGCGUCCUCCCCGACCGAACCGUCAGCCCUAUCGCCCACAGAUGCGGAAGAACACACUCUCGCCAACUCGCUGCGGUUGCAGGCGCUGAUCAAGCUGAACAGUGCGAGGAUCAAACUCCACCGAUAUCGCGCUUUUCAAGACGUCCCAAUAUUUACUCGUCGUCACUGCGAUCUAGAUCAAGCCGAUACAUCUUCUCCGCGCCCGCUUGGAUGUUCCUGUCAUGCCAUGUUACCAUCUGCAUUCUCCAACACUUCGCCCAAAGGCUUUCAGUCCGGCAGCUUUCCUGGGCCUUGGUCGCAGUCGCCUAACGGGGGCUCUUUAGACGCAUCUAGCGACCACGCUGACGCGCUGACCAAGGGAAUAUCGAUUACUGACCUGCCAGCUGCAAAGACUUGUCUCAAAGCCGCCCUUGCCAUCGGUCGGGCGUUUGAAUCAUUUCCUUACCCCAAUCCAAUGCAGUUGCCACUCCCUAUGCUUUCUUCACCCAUGCUGUCAACUGCCUCCUCCACUCCGACUCCACGAACGAUGCCGUCAUUUGCCUGCUGCGCCAUGCAAAGCUGUUAUACGUUGCUCACCCUGUGCUAUAAAAGCCUAGAAAUGCGGUGCGUCAACCAAAGGAGUUCCGCCGCCGACAAGGGCCUUGAGGAUUUGUAUGCCGGGGUGGGCCGAGUUCUGAGGGCGCUGCAAAAUUAUGCAAUCGCGUUCGAGGCUCUGAACGGCAUGACCCAGCAAGUAGAGGAAGCCCUUGAGGCGCUGAAGCGAAUACGACAACACAAUACCUGA